CUCUGGGAGGCUGCGUCGCACAUCUCCAGUCCCCACUGCAGGGCCUCUCACCGGCUGGCGCAGUGACCCCUGGUCGGAAGCACCUCAGUGCUGCUCAUGAUUGCAGAGGAUGGCCUCACCAGAUAGAGGGUCCUGGAGGGCGUGGAGGCUUGGUCUCUGACCGCCAGCAAAAGAAGCCGACAUAGAGGCAGCAGGCGACAAACACUGAGGCAACUGACUUGCCCGAAUUUAACCCUCAGGUUUUUUAAAUAAAAUGCAAGUGCAGGGGCUUGGGCUCGGGACUCCUGGAGCCCCGUGGGGCUGAGCGUGGAUGGUGCUCGGUGUCCAGCUUCACUCCCAAACCGCAUCCCGAGCGUUUGCGGGGCGGAGGGGCCCCAGGGCGACGGUUCCAGAACAGACCCAGGCGGCUCCGGUCAGCAGCAGCCCCGCUGCUUUCCCACAGCGCGGGGACCCCUAUCCCCGCCAGCCCCAUCUCACUGUCCCUCUCAGGUCAGAGGAGACCGUGGAGGACCGCGUGGCACCAGGAGCUGCCAGGAGCCAGGGCGACCUAGAAGAAUCCGGGAACCUGGCGUCCCGCGGGGACGCAGCCCCAGGAAAGGGGCUGCCGCCGCCAGCAAGUGACUCAGCCCGGGCGUCCCCUCCGCAACGAGGCCCGGAUCCCUGCUUGGCUCCCGGAGCCCGGACUGUGCCUUCCGCAAAACGGCUGCGCUCUAGAAAGUGGCCUCCACAGUGCACUUCCCGGCAGCAUGGAGUCGGCAGUGGCAGCGUUUCUAUCCGGCUCUGCGGGGCUGGGUGUCAACGGGACUCUCCCAUCCCGCUGUCCUCCAGGAGCGGGACCUCUCACCCCGAAGACUUUGCUGAAGACGCGGCCCCCUGGUCAGGGGCAGAAAACAGAUCCAGGCCGCCCUGCUCCUGCUGGGUGGUGGAGAAGGUGGAGGGCGGGCAGGUGCUAAGUGCUACUGUGAAAAUAAAAAUUAUCAUAAUAAAGAACGAAUGGGUUUCGAAUUUGAGCUCAGAGGUGUUGAGCAGCCUGUGCGAGGCCACAGAGCUCACAGGAGGAAGGACCCCCAUAGAGACAGGGACAUCUGACGAGGGAGCGCUCUCCUCUGGCUGGAGGGUGGGGCAGCAGCAGCAGCAGCCAGGCUUCAGGGAAUGGGGUGAAAUGAGGGCCCCGGGGGCUCCCCAGGUGGAAGAAGCACAGGUCUGGCUGGCUUAUCUCUGCCUUCUCCUGGGAUCGUGGGACUAUCCCGUGGAUCCCCCAGAGAAGAGGAGCGAGAGUCCAACGCCGACACACGUCCACAAAGGUCCCCUGGUCCACCAAGAGGGAGAAACUUGUAACCAGGCAACGGUGGCAUACACUGACACGCGAGCCAAGGCUCACCGCUCGCGACAGGUGUCCCGCGACUGGCGCAUGCGAAUCCGCGAGGCAGGCGCUGGGGCCAGGCUGUCAGGGCUGUCAGGGCUGUCAGGGCUGUCAGCCUGCCUGAGCAGAGGAAAAUGGGAAGGCAGAGCCGGCCUAGUCUAG